AUGAAAUAUGGAAGAAAAAUAAUUCAAUUGUUAUUAUUUUUAUUGUUUCUAUGGGCUUUGCACAGACAGUAUCAUUUCAGCACAAAGAAACUACAGAAGGUACACCGGUGCUGGUUUGUGGAUACUCAAUCAAAAGAAUUAGAGCUAUCAGACUGGUUUUCUCCCAGUGAAUACAUGAACCUGUCUACCACCAGCUGGUCAGCUCCGGUUGUAUGGGAUGGCACUUUCAAUGAAGAAGUAUUGGAAGAGUAUUAUGAAAAACAUAAAAUUACUGUGGGAUUGACUGUAUUUGCUGUAGGAAGAUAUAUCGACUACUAUUUGAAGAAAUUUAUAUUAUCUGCGGAUGAGUUUUUUAUGGUUGGCCAUAAAGUCAUAAUUUAUGUCCUGAUAGAUGAUUUCUCCAGGAUGCCUUGGAUACAGCUGCAUCCCCUCCGUUCGAUCAAAGUGUUUGAAAUUAAGCGAGAGAAGAGAUGGCAAGAUAUCAGUAUGAUGCGCAUGAAGGCUAUUAGUGAACAUGUUAUGGAUCAUAUCCAAUAUGAAGUUGACUUUCUCUUCUGCAUGGACGUGGAUCAAAUCUUCAUAAGGAAAUAUGGAUUGGAGACUCUGGGGGAGUCAGUAGCUCAGUUACAUGCUUAUUGGUACAAGGAAGAUCCUAUAGCGGUGCCAUAUGAAAGAAGUGAGUUAUCAGAAGCAUAUAUACCUUUUGGUAUGGGAGAUUUUUAUUACCAUGCUGCUGUAUUUGGUGGCACUCCCAUUCAAGUUCUCGAUAUUGCCAGGGAGUGCUUAAAAGGAAUCAUGAAUGACAAGAAAAACAGCAUCGAAGCAGUGUGGCAUGAUGAAAGUCACUUAAACAAGUAUUUCUUUCUCCAUAAACCCACUAAACUCUUAUCACCGGAAUAUUGCUGGGAUUUUACUAAAACAGAUGUUCCUUUUAUUUACAAUAUCAAACUCUUUUGGGCUAAAAAGGAUUAUGAACAUCUUAGGGUGACAAUGUAAUUAUAUAGCACUUCCUUCAGGUUGCUGAAGUUAAGAGCAUCAUUUUGUCUUAUUCCUUAGGAAAUUAGCACUUGAUAAAUUUUACCACUAAAAAAAAAGAAUCACUAACAAAAUGGCAAGGCCACCAACACAGCAUACUCAUACUUUUCCUCAUAUUCAUUUUGAAUUGUAUAAGAUGGGAUAUAGCAGUUGCAGAAUGAAUGUAUUGACAUCAGAUGGAAAUACAGUGAUUUCAUAUCCUGUGUGAGUGUUGAGGAAAUAUUAUUUGUUGGAUCACAAUGAACAAAAUAGAAUCUCUC